AUGACCAUGCAAAAACUCAUCGCUGCGUGCCUGCUCCUCGCGCCCCUGUCGGCCGUGCGGCCGCGGGCGACGGCGCCGGUGCCGCUCAAGCUGCGCGGCGGCGCCGACGCGCCGCCGCCACAACCGCCACAACCGCCACCACCGCCGCAGCGGCGCCGGCCGCCGCGCGAGGCCGUCGCGGCGCGGCUCCUCGCGACGGGCUCGGGCCGCCGCGCCGCGCUGACGGGCUUCGAGAUGCUGGACCUGCUGGACACGUACGCGCCGCCGCUCGCGUGCGCGAGCCGCUACGGCUGGCAGCGGCUCUGCGCCGACGUGCUGGCGCCGUACUGGGUCGCGGGCGCCGACCGGCGCGACGUGCGACGCGCGUUCCAGCGGCGCGCCGCGGACCCACGGUCGCAGGAGUUCCAGGCGCGCCACCGCUACUACGGGCUGGCGCCGGCCGAGGCCGACGCCUUCCUCGACAAGCCCUUCGACAAGUACGCCUCCGUGUCGGACGCGUUCCUGCGGCGCGAGGGCCUCGGCAGGUACGCGGCGGCGGCGGCGUCGUCGAAGGACGUCGACUCGAUCUUCGGGGGCAAGGCGCUGAAGGCCGAGCGCGGGUCGCUGCGGCGAGCGGCAAUGCGGCGCGACGCGGGCGACGACGGUGCGGCCUGGGACGAGGACGAGGACGAGGACGACGAGGAGGACGAGGACGAGGACGAGGAGGACGAGGACGAGGAUGCUGACGCCGACGCGGCGGAGGAGGAAGGCUCGGACGACGAAUCCGACGAGGACGAGGACGAGGCCUACGACGGCGAGGACGAGGACUCGCAGGAGGCAGUCGACGAGGACGACGAAGACACUGCUGCUGAGGACGAGGACGAGGAGCUAGAUGACGUCGAGGAGGAGGAGGACGACGACGACGACGAGUGUGAUCACUACGACGACGAUGACGAGGACGAGGAGGACGACGACGAGUGUGAUCACUACGACGACGACGAGGACCUGGAGGACGACGAUGAUGAAGAGUACGACGAGUACGACGAGGACGAAGACGACGACGAGGAAUAUGACGACGAGGACGAGGACGAAUACGAUGAGGAUGAAGACGAUGAGGACGACGAGGACGAGUACGACGAGGAGGAGGAGGAGGAUGAGUACGAGGACGAGGACGAGUCCGAGGACGACGACUGGUAG